AUGAGCCUUAUCAUCUUAUCUCUAACGGAAGAAACAAUUCCAGUAAUUAUCGAGCUAUCCACAACAAAGGAUAUUUGGGAUGCUCUUGUGACUGCCUUCUUGUCUUCAUCAAACAAUAGAAUCCGCAACCUUCAUAUGCAACUUCAAAACCAAAAACAAGAUGGUUUGGGCAUCACUCAAUAUCUUCACAAAACCAAGCUCCUUAUUGAUGAAUUAGCUGAUGCUGGCCGUCCGAUUUGUAUCCCCGAUCAGAAAAUUGACAUGUUCAAAGGUCUACAGAGUGAAUUCAAAGACAUCAUAACCACCUUGUCAGCUUGUCAAGAACCGUUCACUUUUGGCGAAUGUCUCAACCUUCUGCUGAGCCAUGAAUUUAUUCAUGGUCAGGCCCUAUCAUCGUUAUCAAUUUCACCCUCUCCUAUGUCAGACUCGACUAGAAAUCUCUCUGCGAAUAUUAGCCAGUGCCCCACCCAAAACGAGCGUCAUUACAACAAUAAUAGUUAUAGAAGAUGA